AUAAAUACACACUCUUUAAGCACCGCAUCUUCACAACUCUCAAAACCCUACAAAAUAUCUGAAAAGCUAGGGUUUUGUAGAGCCGUUCUUUAGAUUUUUCUUCCCAACAAAGGUUAUCGAGAAAAAUGGGCAAAUCUAGCAAGAAGUCAGCUACCAAAGUUGAAGCAGCUCCUGCUGUAAUUCCUGCUAAGGCUGAGAAGAAAGGGAAGAACAAGAGGGAAGCUGGAGAAGCUAUAGAGAAGAUUGUUAGUGCAAAAAAGCAGAAGAAAAAUGAUGGAGUAGCUCAAGCUGUGACAAAGGUGAAGGUGGAAACUAAGACUCAGAAAAAGAAGAAAGCGGAGUCUAGUGAUUCUGAUGACUCCUCCGAGGAAGAGGAGGUAAAGGUUCAACCAAAGAAGGCAGUGAAGUUUAAUAAACCACUUGUCAAAGAUUCCAGCGAAUCUGAAUCAGAUACUGAAUCUGAUGAGGAGCCACCUGCCAAAGCUGCUCCUCCUGUCAAGAAGGAGCCUGUUGCCAUUAAAAAUGGUUCUAAUGGUGUUGCUGCUAAGAAAGGAAAGGAUGACAGCAGCAGUUCUGAGUCUUCAGAGGAUGAAUCUUCUGAUGAUGAUGGUCCUAAAAACAAGAAUUUGCCAGUAGGUAAGAAAGUCCAACCAGUUAAGAAAGAAGAGUCAAGUGACAGCUCAGACGAGGAUGAUAGCUCCUCAGACGAGGAAACAGGUACACCAGCUAAGGCUUCUCUUCCUAAGAAGGUUCCAGCAACAUCUGCCCAGAAGAAAGCUGAAUCUAGUGAUGAUUCUGAUGAUAGUAGCUCUGAUUCUGAUGAAUCGUCUUCUGAAGAUGAGGGGAAAACCAAAUCUGCAACUCCAGCUGCUUCAAAAGUUCAACCAAAGAAGAGUGGGGAUGAUAGUUCAGAAAGUGAUUCUGAUGAGUCUGAUGAAGAUGACACUCCUGCACCAAAGGCAGCUGUUCCUUCCAAAAAGCCAUCUGAAACAAAGGAUUCAAAACAGAAUAAAAUGGACUUGGAUGAAGAUGAUUCAGAAGAUGAUGAUUCUGAAGAAAGUGAUGAUGAACCACCAAAAAAUACAAAGGCAAAAGCAACUGCUCAAAAGGAAAGUAGCAGUGAAGAAGAGAGCUCUAGCUCAGAGGAUGAGGAAGAUAGCGAGGAUGAAAAGCCAGCGAAGACUCCAAAGAAAAAUGUAAUGGACACUGAUGCAGAAAUGGCUGAUGCUGAUAUGAAGUCUUAUGUCAAAACUCCAAAGACACCUGUUACACCAGUUACAUCUGAGAAUGCUGGAUCAAAGACACUUUUUGUUGGCAACCUAUCUUUUCAAGUUGAACGUGCUGAUGUGGAAAAUUUCUUUAAAGAGGCUGGGGAAGUUGUUGAUGUCCGCUUCGCCUUAGAUGCAGAUCAGAGGUUCAAGGGAUUUGGACAUGUUGAGUUUACCACAACUGAAGCAGCGCUGAAGGCUCUAAAUUUUAAUGGUAAAAGUUUGCUUGGCCGGGAUGUCAGACUUGAUUUGGCCCGUGAGAGGGGUGAACGGACCUCAAAUACACCAUAUAGCAAAGACAGCAACUCAUUUCAGAAGGGAGGGAGAGGUCAAUCCCAAACCAUAUUUGUUAAGGGAUUUGACAAGUUUGGUGCGGAGGAUGAGAUUAGGAGCUCUCUCCAGGAGCAUUUUGGUUCUUGUGGGGAGAUUAGUAGGAUAUCUAUUCCCACAGAUUAUGAGACUGGCGCUAUUAAAGGGAUGGCAUACCUAGAAUUCAAUGAUGCUGAUGCUAUGAACAAAGCAUUUGAGCUUAAUGGAAGUCAACUUGGUGAAUCUUACCUAACUGUAGAUGAAGCAAAACCAAGGAAUGAUAACCGUGACAGUCGGGAUAGUGGCAGAGGUGGUGGCAGUGGUGGUCGUUUUGGUGGUGGCAGAGGCAGUGGUGGUCGUUUUGGUGGUGGUAGAAGCAGUGGUGGUCGUUUUGGUGGUGGCAGAAGCAGUGGUGGUCGUUUUGAUGGUGGACGUGGUGGAAGAGGUGGUCGAGGACGUGGAACACCAUAUAAACCCAGUGUGACCGCAGCUGCUUCAGGAACAAAGAAGAAAUUCAAUGACGAGGACUGAGGGAAGCAGAUAGAGAUUUUGAGGGCAUCACCUCGCCUCGCCUCGCCUCCUUUGAAGUAUUAUUAAUUUUGGUAGUUGUGCCGUCAGAGAAAUUUUUUAAAUUUUUUUUGAUAUGUUUUGUUUAAUACUUAGGGGAUGUUUCUUUUCUUGGCUACUGGCAAAUCUCUUCGAGGGCCAGUAUGACUAAAGCAACUGUGUUUUCCGUAAAUUUAUCAUAUUUUCAGUCAUUACAUUA